AUAAGACACGGUGAGAUUUGUACAUGUUUGUUUCGAGGUUACGAGCUCAUAUGUUGAAAGCAAGGCAAUAAAAUUAUGACUGUUAUGGGGAAAGAAAAGUUAGAAAACGAUCAGAAAGUUGCAGGAAUAGAUGAUGUUUACCGUGCUUUGAUAGCAGUCAAAGAAAAGGCAUCUAAUAGCGCGUUUAAAACUCUGGGAACCGGCUGUGCUGUACGAACAGGCGACAUCUUUGGAAUAAAUUGGCGAAAGAAAUUUCAUCUUUUGAUCUCGUCUGCUUUGGUCGGGAAAGACACUUUGGAAUCUCGCGAAAACCGUGGCAAAUACAUAGGCGAAUUUGAGCAUGGAAAGCCGAGACUCGAGCUGGAGAAGGCUUCGAAUACAUUCUUUAAAAAGGAGCACAAAGAUUUUCAUUUUAUCGCAAUAGGUCGUGGCCGUUCUGGCAAGCUGGGCCAUCAUGUUUUGGAAAUUUCUCAACUCGAAAGGGACGAAGUCCUUCGUGGAAAGCUUGUUUGCUUCGUCGCUGUUGUCUCGAACGAGAAAUCUGCUACUCAUUCGUUCAGGUCACAUGAAAUCGCCUAUAAUUCCCAAUCCCAGUGCUUUGAAACGACAGACGAGCUUGGUCAUGAUGAAUUUCCUCGCGGCGCCCCGAUUUUGAACGAACAUCAGGAAAUCGUCGGAAUUAUUAGCGGAAUUACCGAUGGAAAGAAGCUUGAAAUUUGUUUCGUAAGCGAUUCUAAACCUGCAGUAAUUGCACAACCAAAAGUGGAAGAAAACAUUGUUCCUACCUUGGUUGCUGAAGUCAAAAGUGAAGUUGAAGAGAAGACAGAAAAACCCAAAAGCAAUGGUGAGAUAAAGCCUCCAGAAAAACCACAACGCUCCACCAAAAUCAACCGAUCGCAAAGUGAUCGACUACCAAAUUAUCUUGGAACUGGCAAAGAUAGAGAUUUGAGGCACUCAAUGCGGUAUGGAAACCGUCAUGGUUAUAAAGUGUAUGUUGCUGGUGAAGAGAAGGAACCUGGUGUUCAGAGAUGGAAGCCCAAAGGAUUUGGUGCCAAGAAACAUCUGUUUGAAGGAAAGGAGCCUGUCAAGUUCCUUGGAGCUCGCCACAUUGCAAGUCCUGUUGCAAAAGAACGACAAACAAAAAUGCUAUUCAACAAGCCACGUCCUAAGAUAAAGUCCAGUGUUAGUUUACCCUGCAAACUGAAUGAAGCUGCUGGAAAGAUGUCAAGGUCAUUUCAUGGUGUUCCUGGUCGCAGGUUUGCUAGUGCUUCAAACAUACCUCAAGGUUUGUACUUAAUCAAGGACUUGCCAUCUUCAAUCAAAACUAAAGCUGCUGACAUCCUUGAUGACCCUGCCAAGGGGCAAUGGUGGCGGAAGAUUGCCAUUCAUUAUCGUAUUCGUGAAGUGGAAGUUAAUGACCUUGCUUUUGGAGCAUCACGACACAUCUCGGGCAGUGAAACAAAAGCCUUGCUCCAAAAACUGUCUGUGAAAAAUCCAGACUUAACUGUUUCAGACUUAGUAGAUUUCUUGCUCAGUGAACAUGCUAGUCAUGAAAUUUUGAACCUCUUUUGGUCGUAUACCUACAAAGGUGUCUAGUACUCCAUUUGAAAUUUUUAGUUGUAAUAUAUAAUUUGUUAAGCAUUUUAUUGUUAUUAUUGUAGUAUAAUUAAACAUGUGGCAGCAAGAGUAAAUAUCACAGAAUAAAUGAACAUUUUUCCGGGGCUGAAAUUCUGGCAAGGUUAAUUAUUGGAAUGGACAGGCUAAGCUAGAAAGGCUAGAAAGGCUGCCUUCAUUUCUUUCGAUCUACGAGUAAUCAUUCCGCAGAUAGUUUAUCUUAUCAAUGAUUAAUCUUAUCAAAAAACCGGUUCACUUAACCCAAAAACUCUGGCAAUCUU